UUCAGCCUUUCUCAGUCAUGCUCGUAGUUUAAAGUUGAAGUGGAUUUCCGUAACAUUUUCAUAUUAUGUCCCGGGAAUCAUAAACCAGAAGCAAACAGCUGUUUGCAAAAGAGAGAUCCAGAAGGUUUCAGCCAAACAGCUUGAAGAAGGCUUGGUGCGAGAUAAAAAAAAGAAACAAACAACCAAAACCAAAAGGAGGAGCCUCUCCCAAGCCCACUUCUCAUUGAUCUGGGAGGACUCACAGCCUGUCACUCUCCGCAUUUCCCCAGGGACUCGGUCACGUGGCGCUCCCUGCUCCCGCCCCAUGACGUCACUGCGUUGGCAGCCCUAGCCCUAGAGAAAGGAUGCUCUCUCCGUGGGGCUAGGCUGAGCGAUGUUGCAUUGCAGGUGUUAUUAAUAUGGUUAAUGCAGGAGAGAUGAAUGGGUCUGGUAAUCUGAUGGAUUUCCUCGAUGAGCCUUUUCCUGAUGUUGGGACCUAUGAGGACUUCCAUACCAUUGACUGGUUAAGGGAAAAGUCACGUGACACAGAUAGACACAGGAAGAUAACGAGCAAAAGCAAAGAAUCCAUAUGGGAGUUCAUCAAAAGCUUGUUGGAUGCUUGGUCAGGAUGGGUCGUGAUGCUCCUCAUUGGCCUGUUGGCAGGCACUUUGGCAGGAGUCAUAGAUUUAGCAGUGGACUGGAUGACUGAUCUAAAAGAAGGCGUUUGCCUGUCUGCGUUUUGGUACAGCCAUGAACAGUGCUGCUGGACAUCCAAUGAGACCACUUUUGAGGACAGGGACAAGUGUCCGUUGUGGCAGAAAUGGUCCGAGCUUCUGGUAAAUCAAUCAGAGGGUGCCAGUGCGUACAUUUUGAACUACUUUCUGUACAUACUGUGGGCUCUAUCUUUUGCGUUUUUGGCUGUUUCCCUAGUCAGGGUCUUUGCACCAUAUGCCUGUGGCUCUGGUAUUCCGGAGAUAAAGACCAUCUUAAGUGGCUUUAUUAUAAGAGGCUACUUGGGGAAGUGGACACUCUUAAUCAAAACUGUUACCUUAGUCCUGGUGGUAUCUUCUGGCCUCAGCCUUGGAAAGGAAGGCCCUUUAGUACAUGUGGCUUGUUGCUGUGGUAACUUCUUCAGUAGCCUGUUUUCCAAAUACAGCAAGAAUGAAGGAAAGAGAAGAGAAGUACUUUCAGCGGCAGCUGCUGCUGGGGUCUCUGUUGCCUUUGGUGCUCCCAUUGGAGGUGUACUUUUCAGUCUUGAAGAGGUCAGUUACUACUUUCCCUUAAAAACUCUCUGGAGGUCUUUUUUUGCUGCCCUGGUGGCUGCUUUUACACUGAGGUCCAUCAAUCCCUUUGGGAAUAGUCGUCUGGUUCUCUUUUAUGUGGAAUACCACACACCCUGGUACAUGGCUGAACUUUUCCCCUUCAUCCUACUUGGUGUCUUUGGAGGUCUCUGGGGGACCCUUUUUAUUCGCUGUAACAUUGCCUGGUGUAGAAGACGGAAGACCACACAGCUAGGAAAGUAUCCUGUGUUGGAGGUCAUAGUGGUGACAGCCAUCACCGCCAUAAUUGCCUACCCUAAUCCAUAUACUCGACAGAGCACCAGUGAGCUCAUCUCUGAGCUGUUCAAUGAUUGUGGAGCCUUGGAGUCUUCUCAGCUCUGUGAUUACAUCAAUGACCCAAAUAUGACCAGGCCUGUUGAUGACAUUCCUGAUAGACCAGCUGGGCCUGGGGUUUACACUGCAAUGUGGCAGCUGGCUUUAGCCCUCAUCUUCAAAAUCAUCAUUACAAUAUUUACUUUUGGCAUGAAGAUCCCUUCAGGCCUUUUCAUUCCCAGUAUGGCUGUGGGAGCCAUGGCGGGCAGAAUGGUGGGGGUAGGAGUGGAACAGCUGGCUUACCACCACCAUGACUGGAUCAUCUUCAGGAACUGGUGCAGACCUGGAGCAGACUGUGUCACUCCUGGACUUUAUGCAAUGGUGGGAGCUGCAGCCUGCCUAGGUGGAGUUACCCGAAUGACUGUUUCGUUGGUGGUGAUCAUGUUUGAGUUAACAGGAGGUCUGGAGUACAUUGUACCACUAAUGGCAGCAGCUGUGACGAGCAAGUGGGUAGCAGAUGCAUUUGGAAAAGAAGGAAUCUAUGAGGCACACAUCCACUUAAAUGGUUACCCAUUUCUAGAUGUGAAGGAUGAGUUCACUCACAGGACACUGGCAACUGAUGUCAUGAGGCCCAGGCGUGGGGAGCCGCCACUUUCCGUGCUCACCCAAGAUAGCAUGACGGUGGAAGAUGUGGAGACGCUGAUUAAAGAGACAGAUUAUAAUGGCUUCCCAGUGGUGGUUUCCAAAGACUCAGAGAGGCUCAUUGGUUUUGCCCAGAGGAGAGAACUCAUUCUUGCCAUAAAAAAUGCCAGGCAACGCCAGGAUGGGAUCGUGAGCAAUUCUAUCAUGUAUUUCACUGAAGAGCCCCCUGGACUACCUGCAAAUAGCCCCCAUCCCUUGAAGCUGAGGCGCAUUCUCAACCUGAGCCCCUUCACGGUCACCGACCACACCCCCAUGGAGACGGUGGUAGACAUCUUUCGGAAGCUGGGGCUCCGGCAGUGCCUGGUGACUCGUAGUGGGAGGCUGCUGGGUAUCAUAACAAAGAAGGAUGUGCUAAGACAUAUGGCCCAGAUGGCAAAUCAGGACCCUGAAUCCAUCAUGUUUAAUUAGACCACUCAUACUUCUAACGCAUGUGAAUAUUACUUUGGAGAAAAACAAAAAAGGUUGCAUCGUCAUUUUUUUAAAAAAAGAAACAACAAUAUGCCACCAAACCAAAAUGAAAACUUUUCACAGGGAGCAGCGUGGAACAAAACUGUGAAAGCAGUUGAAGAAGGAUGAGACAUUUCUUAAAUGAUUGGGUAUAUAGGUUAGCACUUUAACCCUCUACAAGUUUCAAACUGUUUCCCUAAAGUGUUUACUAACAACUCAACUGGUACCCAGGUAAGUAUAAAUAGUGUGGCCUACACAUGGCAAAGAAGGAGAAACAACACUAGAGAAACAUAUCAAUCUAGAGGACCAUGUGGGAGGCUUUAACUUAGGAACAAAUGUGAAGCUUCAAGUUCAGAAGCAUAGAGGAAUAAGUAUGUAAAUCUCUUUAUUUAUUUGUAACUGAAGUUUUGUUGCUUUGUUACUGAAUCAUAAAAAGACAUUUGUCACUUAUUUUGUUUUAAAAAUUAAAUUUUGAAGAGACUUAAAACUGUAAGUAUGAAAAGAAAUCCGUGGAAUCAUAGAAAGUCUUUUUCUUGUUCUCAGAUACGGUUAUUUUGGUAUCCCCAGUGGUAGCCUAGCCAUCACCGUGACUGAGUGUUAAAAUCAAAGAUGUUUGGAAGAAUGAACCUCUUCUCUAUGCAAGACUCAAAUCUUAAAACUGCACUACGAAAGUAUUCUUGAGUUUGGUCCUGGAUUUCAUUGCCCUCUAUACAAAGAAAUACAUUGUUAUUUUGAAAGGUA